AAGCAGCGGCUGCUUCCGGAGUCGGAGUGGGAUGCGUUUGUGGCGAGCAUGCGCCAGCCGCUGCCCACCACCUUCCGCAUUAACGCCAAUGGUCCGUUUGCGAUGCACAUUCGCGACGAGAUGGAGCGGCAUGUGGCCGAGUCGUUCAGCCAGCCGUUGGAGGUGGAGGGGGAGCGCGUGGAGGCGCCACGAGUGCUGCCGUGGUACCCGGACAGGCUGGGCUGGCACCUCAACAUCUCCCGCCAGCAGCUGCGCACCCUGCCCGAGCUCAACAGGCUGUUUGACUUCAUCAAGAGGGAGAACGAGAUUGGAGCCAUCACUCGCCAGGAGGCCGUCAGCAUGAUCCCACCGCUUCUUCUGGACGUGCAACCGCAUCACAACGUGCUUGACAUGUGUGCGGCGCCAGGCUCAAAGACCUUUCAGCUGCUGGAGAUGCUGCACGGGGGGUGCGGGCCUGCACAGCUGCCCUCGGGCAUGGUGGUAGCAAACGAGCUUGACAUCAGGCGCUGUCACCUCCUGGUGCACCAGACGCAGCGCCUCUCCUCGCCCUGCAUCCUCGUUACCAACCACGCCGCCCAGCUCUUCCCCUCCCUCUCAAUCUCCUCUGAUGCCGCCGCUGCUGGGCCUGCCCCCGCUGCUGCUGAGGCGGAGAAAGAGGGGGAGGAGGUGAAAGGGGAUAAGGCGGAGGCAGUGGGUGGUGAGGGCAAGGGGAAGGAGCAGGAGGGGUUGGAUGGGGCGGCGGGUGAAGCAAAAGGAGAGACGAAAGGAGAGGCGGAGGGCGAGGGGGAGCUGUUUGACCGCAUUCUGUGUGACGUGCCGUGCAGUGGCGAUGGCACCAUGCGCAAGGCACCUGAUAUUUGGAAGAAAUGGAACACGGGCAACGGCAACGGGCUGCAUGCGCUGCAGAUCAAAAUCGCCAUGAGGGCGGUGGCGCUGCUGAGGGUGGGGGGGCGCCUGGUCUACUCCACGUGUUCGCUCAACCCUCUCGAGAACGAGGCCGUCGUUGCUCAGAUCCUACGGGAGUCCAAAGGGUGCAUGCGUCUAGUGGACUGCUCCCACAUGCUUCCCAACCUCAAGCGCUCGCCUGGGCUCAAGUCGUGGAAGGUAAAGGAUCGGUUUGGGUGGCAUGCGCACUAUACCCCGCGCAUCGUGUACCGCGGGGCAGGGCAGGAGGAGAGCGCAAAGGAAGUGCAGGGGGAGGGAGAGAAGGAGAAGGCGGAUGAGGGAGUGGAGGGAGGGGAGGGAGGGGAGUCAAAGGAGACAAAGGAGGGAGAGGAGGGAAAGACAGCAGAGGGAGAGAAGGGAGAGAAACCAGAAGGGAGGCGAAGAGAGGGCAGGAGGGGGAGGAGAACUGCAGAAGUGGUGGAAGAGGAGGGGGAGGAGGAGGAGGCGGAGGUGUGCGAGCAGGCAGUGGAGCUGUGUGUGAGAGUGCUGCCCCACCAGCAGGACACGGGCGGGUUCUUCAUUGCUGUGCUCGACAAGCAGGACACGGGGGGGUUCUUCAUUGCUGUGCUUGACAAGAUUGCGCCCUACACCGGACCAGUGUGCAUUGCCCCGUCUCGUGAGUGGUGGAGGGAAAGAGAGGGGGGGGAGGGAGGGGAUGAAGAGGGCGAGGGUGAUGGGCAGGACACCAGAGGGAGGGGACGAGGGAGAGGAAGGGGGAGAGGAGGGAGGGGUAGAGGAGAUAGAAGAGGAGGAGACAGGGAAGGGGGGGUGAAGGGGGAGGAGGAAGCUGAAGAGGCGGUGGGAGGUGAGGGGGCGGAGGCAGGAGAAGCAAUGGAGGUGGAGGAGGAAGGAGGCGAUGCUGAGAACGCAGCAGAGAACGCAGCGGCAAAUGAUGAUGACCAAGAACUGCUGAGCCCAGACGCUGCUGGUGCUCCUGAUUCCAUUGACGGUGUGUCGGAGCCUGCGGAUCCAGCAGACGAGGCAGAAGCAGACCCAGCUGAUGAUGCCGCCGCUGCCGCCGCUGCUGCUGCUGCUGAGAACGCUACUGGUGACCCCGGCGACGGCAGCAAGGAGCAGGAGAAGCAGCAGCGCUUGCAGCGGCGGCAGCAGCAGGGGCGGUGGAGGGGCGUGGACCCAGUCCUCUUCCUGUCAGACGAGCCCACCAUCGCCAGCGUGGAGGCAUUCUACGGGGUCCUGCCCGCCUUCCCCCUGCGCUCCCAGCUCAUCGUGCGUAGUGACGCGCCCAGCCACAGCAAGCGCAUCUACCUGGUGUCGAAGCCCAUUGCACAGGCUAUUCGAGCCAACCAGGAGUCAGGGCAGCGCCUCAAGAUGGUGUCCACAGGCGUGAAGCUCUUUGAGCGGCAGAGCACCAAGGACGGCGAGGUGCCGUGCUGCUUCCGCCUCUCAGCCGAGGGUCUCCCGUUCAUCCUGCCCUUCAUAACGCGCCAGCUCGUGCACGUGCCCCCGCGCGACUUCCGUGUGAUGCUCUCAAAGCGCUCCGUGCUGCUCACAGAGCUCUCCGAGGGGGUUGCUAAGGAUCUGGAGGCUGCGGAUAUGGGCUGUGUUGUGAUGGUGCUGGACCCCAAAGACUCUCCGCAAGGCGAGCAGCGGGGGCAGCUGACGGGGAGGGAGGCGGCGGUGAUAGUGUGGCGGGGCAGGCGCAACGUGGGGCUCAUGCUGUCCAAGGUCGAGUCAAACCAGAUGCUGCAGUGGCUCGAUCUCCCUGCCUAUGCCGGGGAUGAUGACACCGCUGCUGCCGCCAGUGCUGCCGGUGACGCUGCUGCUGGUGAUGCUGCUGCUGCUGGUGAUGCUGCUGCUGCUGGUGAUGCUGCUGCUGCUGGUGAUGCUGCUGCUGCUGGUGAUGCUGCUGCUGCUGGUGAUGCUGUUGCUGAUGAUGCCGGUGUUGCUGAUGAUGCCGGUGUUGCUGAUAAUGCCGGUGCUGCUGGUUCUGCUGCUGCUGCAGCAGCUGAUGGCAGUGCUGAUGGGGCGAAGGGUUGA